AUGGAGAAUUCUCUUGUUUCUCCUCAGGAGCAUCGUUUCAAUGUACAACUGCGUCAGGCUAUGCGAUUGAAGAUUUUUGCUAUCUUACAACGGAAGAUGGAGAUUCAUGGAAUACGAACAAAGCUUCUCUCUUUAUCAUGCUUUUUAGAGAUGAAACUGAUGAAUUUGGCCAAAUCAGAGGAGGAGUACUCAGAUUUACGAGAUCUUGAAGUCCGCGUAGAUCAUGUUUUGAAUGAACUUAAAGACCAGCGCUGUGGUAUGAGGAACGUUUCAGAUGGAGGAAUCAACGCACUCCCGGAUUCUUUGUUAACUCAGAUACUCUUAUGGCUUCCAACAAAAGUCUCGGCUAGAACGAGUGUUUUAUCAAGCAGAUGGAGAAAUCUGUGGCUUCAUGUUCCAGGACUUGAGCUCGACUUCAGCAACUUCCUUUCUCUGCCCAGAGGUGGCAUCAACAACUUGGUUGACAGAUUCAUGGAGUCGCGCCUGCAGAAGUUGAAGAUCAAGUAUUUUGACUGUAAUGCAUCUCUCUAUAGAAUCAGCAAGUUGAUCGCUACAGUGGUUAGCCGUGGAGUUGAGCAUCUAGCUGUUGAAUCCUCUCCGCGCUUCCGUGAUACCAGUAGUUUCAUGCCUCUGGACAUUUAUAAGAGCAAGACUCUGGUUUCUCUGAAGCUUGCAUAUGUAGGGAUGGAGAAUCCAGGCUUUGUUAUCUCUCUACCUUGUCUCAGGAGCAUGCAUCUUGAAAGCAUCAUCUACAGCAAUGGGGAUCCUUUGAUCAUAGAGAAUCUCAUCUCAGGAUGUGCUGUUCUUGAAGAUCUUGAAGUGUGUUGGGGUGGUUCUGAUGAUAACUUGCUGGUUCUGCGCGUGAGAUCUCAGAGUCUUAAGAGGUUUAGUGUGAGGUCUUCCCCUUUGAGGAUAAGUAGUGGUAGAGAGUAUGCGGUUGAGAUUGAUGCUCCGGGACUCAAGUAUAUCAACUUCAGAGAUGAACAGUCUGAUAGAGUUGUGGUGAAGAAUCUGAGCUCUCUGUUCAUGAUUGACAUUGAUGCCAAGUUAAACGUGGAGAAAAUGAAGAACGGUGUUAUCAGUGGCUUUCUUGGUGGUGUUUCUGGUGUAAGGCACAUGAUCAUCUCUCAGCCUACUCUAGAGGUUCUGCAUCCUUACUUCAAACAGGGAACAAUAAAAUUUCUCUACUUAUUUCGUCUAGAGGCUUCGUUCUGCAACCUCUUACUACAAGUGUUGCCUGAUUUUCUUGAGAGUUUCCCGAAUCUGAAACACCUCACAUUGUGCCUAGUUUAUACGAAGGAGCUAGAGCCAGAGGCUCUUGAACUGACCAUAGUGCCUAAAUGCUUACUGUCAUCGGCUCUGGAGUGUGUCGAGAUUAGAGAAGUGACUACGGGAGGAGGAGAAACUGGGAAGAAAAGAGCGAGGAACGGUAAGAGAACCGUAUUGAUGCACAAGAAGAGAAUCUGGAUGGAAGCAGUGAGGUAUGUUCUUGAGAAUUCAUUACUUCUCAAGAAACUCGUCUUGUGUUUCUCUCCUAAAACCAUCAAAGCCUCAGAGAUCUCCAAGUCGCUUGACACAUUCACGAAACGGUCUCCCAAAUGUGAAAUCCUCAUCCGCUGGACACCUCUCUGA